CAAUUAUUUGUUGUAAAAUUCGACUUUGAUUCAUUAUUUUGCUUCAUAUUAGCAAAUAUUUAAAGAUUUUAAUGUCUAAAAACGAAUUUGCCACACAAUAUGUCUGUGUUUGUAAUCAAACUUAUAGCACAAAAUCUGAAUUACGCAAACAUGUGGGCUUUUGUAAACAUGCCCAAAAUCAGGCUAAUCAGUACAUCACUUGUCCUACCAAAAAAGAUGUGUUAAAAUUGGCCAUUUCAGAAUGUGAAAUUCAGUCCAUAAAUGGUGACCAAACAAUUAGCAAGGAUCAGAAAAUUGAACGGUUUAAAUGUGGAUGUGAAAAACGUUUUAUGUCUAAAGGUGGUUACUACAGACAUAUUAAGAAAUGUAAUUUACGUCCUGAACAACAAAUUGUAACUGGUAAAACAAAGUGCAACGAACCUGGAUGCUUAUUAACAUUCAAGUACAUUAGAGACUUUCGACAACAUUUAAAUGAGAAACACUGUAUGCAAUUUGAUGUCGAGGAUAAAAAAUUUAAUAGAUAUUCUGAGUUUAUAUGCUGGAAAGAAAAUUAUGAAACAGAAACACGCAGUUGUUUUUAUCACCGUAAAACCGAAACUCGUAGUGGACGCAGAGUAGAAUAUUGGUAUUGUAAUCGUUCGGGUAUUUAUCAAAGUGCAUCACAAGGACGUAGACGCAAGUUAAAAUCACAAGGAAUUCUUAAAAUAAAUAAUAAUUGCACAUCAUCAAUUACACUGACUAUCAAUGAAAUUGAAGGUACUGUUCAAGCUAUUAUUUAUCAUACACAUUAUGGACAUGAAGCUGAACUAGUGCAUCUACGAAUUCCUAAAAGUGAUAAACAAGAAAUAGCUUCUAAAUUAUUACAAGGAGUGAAAAUUGAAGAUAUAUUGUUAUCUUAUAAAGAAGAUGGAUCAUCUAAACAAAUUGAAAGAAAACACUUAAUAAAACGUAGAGAUAUAUUGAACAUUUCCAAAAAAUACAAUGUUAAUAUUAUUUUACCAACAGUACGACAAUCCUCAAAUAAAAAAAAGAAUUCAAAGAUUUCCCAUCAAAUAACUAAGUCAUCCAUUGAAGAACCAUCACUAAAUACAAAUGAAACUAAAAAAAAACAUGUUAUUGCUUCUCAGCUUCCUUUGUCUUUUGUACUUCCAAUUUAUGAAAAUGUUUGGAAAAUUUCUAUGAGUAAUAAUUCAAUUUCAUCUUAUUCAAAUAAUUGUAAUAUAGAUUUUUAUGUCACUAAAAUUAAUGUAAAAUGUUGUGAUGAUUGUAUAGCUUUUUGUAAUUUUUGUAAUAUUUGCUACCAUUCAUAUUCUUGUACAUGUUCUGAUUAUUUUUCAAAUAAGAUUAUAUGCGAACAUGUUCAUUUAGUUAUUCUCUUUCAAGGAACUCCACAGACUUACCAGUACACAGAAAAUGUAGAAAGACCUCAUUACACUAAUCAUGAUCAUUCAACAUACACACGACGUUUUACAGAGUCUGUAUGUUCAGAUACAGAACCUACUGAAAGUAAUUAUGUAAAUGAAGAUUUACCAAAAAAUAAUGAUUAUAAUUUAUACAAUAAACAAAAUUUUAAAUUAGAAAAUCUCAAAAGAACAUUGGAAAAAUUGAUGAUGGAGACUCUACAAAAAGUCAAUGAAUGCAACAACUAUAAUUUAUUGGAGAAUAUAAAGAAACAAAUGACUGAUAUAACAUGUAAUUUGAACACAGAUUUAUUACACAAUAAAGAAAAGAGUAAUGAAGUACAAACAAUAAUUAACCCUGAAAAAAAUAUAGAGGUUUUUUAUGAUUUUUAAAUUUCGGUAUUUUAGUUAACUGAUUUUAAAAAAUAUAUAAAUUCUUUCACAUCAAAAUACUAAAUCUAUACUAAUAAUUAGUCCAUAGAUUUUAAUUUUUAUCGAGUAUGUAUAGUUUUAUAUUUUUUGAGUUAUUAAUUCCCUAAUGUAUGUACGUAGAGUAUUAUUGUUUAAGAAUAAUAAAGAGUAAUUUUUAAAUAUA